GAGGGGGACUGUUUGCUCCUACGGGCUGUAGAUGGAGCUGUCCGGCCCCGGCGAGGGGGAAGGCGCCUGGAAAACGUUCUUCUUCUCCCUGGCCGGCCCGAGCGGGGAACAGCGCUCCCAGGAUGCAGUUUGUGUCAACACGGCCGCAGCCUCAGCAGCUGGGCAUCCAGGGCCUGGGGCUGGACAGCGGGAGCUGGAGCUGGGCGCAGGCCCUGCCCCCGGAGGAGGUCUGCCACCAGGAGCCGGCGCUGCGCGGGGAGAUGGCCGAGGGGAUGCCGCCCGUGCAGGCUCAAGAAUGGGACAUGGAUGCCCGGCGACCGAUGCCUUUUCAGUUCCCGCCCUUCCCAGAUAGGGCGCCCGUCUUCCCCGACCGCAUGAUGCGGGAGCCCCAGCUGCCCACGGCAGAGAUCUCACUCUGGACGGUGGUGGCCGCCAUCCAGGCCGUGGAGAGGAAGGUGGAGGCCCAGGCCAGCCAGCUGCUCAAUCUGGAGGGGCGGACGGGCACGGCCGAGAAGAAGCUGGCCGACUGCGAGAAGACGGCCCUGGAGUUCGGGAACCAGCUGGAGGGCAAGUGGGCGGUGCUGGGGACGCUGCUGCAGGAGUACGGGCUGCUGCAGAGGCGCCUGGAGAACAUGGAGAACCUGCUGAGGAACCGCAACUUCUGGGUCCUGCGGCUGCCCCCGGGCAGCAGGGGCGAGGCCCCCAAGGUGCCCGUGACGUUUGUCGACAUCGCCGUUUACUUCUCCGAGGACGAGUGGAAGAACCUGGACGAGUGGCAGAAGGAGCUCUACCACAACCUCGUUAAGGAGAACUACAAAACCCUGAUGUCCCUGGACGCGGAGGGGCCCGUGCCCAAGCCAGACGCUCCCUCCCAGGCGGAGCCCAGCGACGAGCCCUGCGUGUGGGAGCAGCGUGACCCCGAAGGGAGAGAAAUCCUGAUGGAUCCGGACACAGGAGCAGAGCCCCUGGUGCCUGCCCAGGACGCGUCCUCGCAGGUGAAGCGGGAGGAGGCCCUGUGCAUCCGGGGUCAGCGGGGCCUGGAGGAGAGAACCAUCCCCACCGAGUCCAUCACCGACUCGCCGGCUUCCGCCCAAGACCUCCUGUCCCGGAUCAAACAGGAGGAGCACCCGUGCGUGUGGGAUCAGCAGGACCUGGCGGAGAGGGACAUGCCCACGGACCCCAGCUCAGAGGCUCUGAUCUCCGCACAUGACAUUUUGUCCUGGAUAAAGCAGGAGGAGCAGCCGUACCCGUGGGGCCCGCGCGACUCCAUGGAUGGCGAGCUCGGACUAGAUUCCGGCCCCGGUGACAGCCUGCUGAUGGUGAAGAACCCGCCCCCGGCCCCGCCGCAGCCCCAGCCCGCGCCGCAGAGCCUGCCCCCGUUGCCCGCGCCCCCCGAGAACGCGGGCCGCCCCCCGAGCCGCGGCGGGGGCGCGCUGCUGGACGACAGUUUCCCGGCGCUGGCCGGGGAGCGCGCGGGCGGGGCGCAGGCGGGCGGCGGGGGCGCGGGCGCGGGUCCGGGCGGCGGGGACGCGGGGGGCGCGGGCGGGGGUCCGGGCGGCGGCGGCGGCGGCGGCGGCGGGGGCUGCGGCAGCUGCUGCCCGGGCGGCCUCCGCCGGAGCCUCCUCCUGCACGGCGCGCGCAGCAAGCCCUACGCGUGCCCCGAGUGCGGCAAGAGCUUCGGCGUGCGCAAGAGCCUCAUCAUCCACCACCGCAGCCACACCAAGGAGCGGCCCUACGAGUGCGCCGAGUGCGAGAAGAGCUUCAACUGCCACUCGGGCCUCAUCCGCCACCAGAUGACGCACCGCGGCGAGCGGCCCUAUAAGUGCUCCGAGUGCGAGAAGACGUACAGCCGCAAGGAGCACCUGCAGAACCACCAGCGGCUGCACACGGGCGAGCGGCCCUUCCAGUGCGCGCUCUGCGGCAAGAGCUUCAUCCGCAAGCAGAACCUGCUCAAGCACCAGCGCAUCCACACGGGCGAGCGGCCCUACACGUGUGGCGAGUGCAGCAAGAGCUUCCGCUACAAGGAGUCGCUCAAGGACCACCUGCGCGUGCACAGCGGUGGCCCGGGCCUCGGCGCCCCGCGGCCCCUCCAGGCGCCGCCCGAGCGAGACUAGGGCUGGGCGGGGGGGAGGGGAGGCCUGGCAGCAGGAGCAGGGGCGGGGGGGGCGAGCCCGGGGGCGUCCUGAGGACCCACGAUCCUGCCCUUGGUUCUAGGGGCGCCUUCCCUCCCUCUCCCCGCCGCCUGCUGGAAGAUCGGGAACAGGAAUUGCACUCCAGACAGGGUCCCCCGAGGGUUGGGCAGGGGUCCCUUGAACCUGCCGGGCCUGAAUGGACAGCCCAGCUAUUCUCACGGGGUGGACCAAGGGGUCGGCCGAGUGGCUUCCCGCAGGGAAGGGGCCAGAAGGACCGUGAGGGGAGCGCCCCCCCUGCGGGCACAGCCCCACUGGACACCGAGCGUGCCCGGUUGGCCUCUGCCGUCACAGGUAGUGACCAGGGGGAGCCACCAGGGAGCCUGGAAACCCUUCUGAGCUACAGAAAUAAGGUCCUAAGGUUGAGACCCUAAAAAGGAAGCGAAGGUGUGCCCAAGAGGAGGGGUGUGCUAAGGGACAGCAUCUCUUGUGGUGACAACACUGCCUCGCGUUUGAACAGCGCUUUAUACUUUUUUAAACACGUUUUCUAUCCGUUAUCUAUUUUCACCCUUAGCCUAUCCCUCUGAGGGAUGUGGGGUAGGAUCUUCCUGACCUGGUAACAGGAAAAGUGAGACACAGGUGAGACGGUUUACCCCAGAUCGCGCGAGAAGAGAGUGGCAGGGCCGGGACCAGGCCCCCCGAUCCCGGCGCAGUGUCCCCACCACACGCACACUGCCUACCUCUGGUAUUCGAGAGACCUCUCGGGCCGGCCUGUGGCCUCUGGCCUCUCUUUUUCCCCGACCCGCCAAAAAUGCUCUGAAGCAACAGGGGGCCAACCCAUUGGGUUCCCGGGAAUGGGGAACAAAUCGACGACAAAAGGCCCAGGGGUGUGUUUCCAGAAGGCUCUUCCUGUGAGCACCGCGGCGGUAGGGCGGGCCCUUGCCCCCAGCCUGGCCUUCCCACCCCCGGCCCCUCGGUCUGGUGCAGCGGCAGCGUCUUUCCAUCGCGUAGCCCCUGCCCUGGGUCAGACCACCUCCUGAUGACUUGCUCCCCAGGGCAAAGGCGGGAGGGGAGGCUCGAGCUGCAAGAGUGGCCGUGGGGGAAGGGGGUCUCUUGCCAGGAGGGCCGGGCCGGUGGGUGCUAGCGUCUGAGAGCUUCAGUCUCUCUCAUUCCCUGAGCCUCCCAACUGGUGCUAUCUGUUAACCCACUGUGCUGGUGGACAUGGACACAGACCCUGCUCUGCUCCAGACCCUGCAGGCGCCUGGGGAGGCGCCCAGAGGACUCCCCGUGUUGGUGCAUCUGCUCCAAGGGCCUGACGGGCCCCAGUCUCCAUUUCUGCGUCUUGCAUGGCCAGGCACUGGGGUGGGGCCGCACGCCCCAGGACCUUGUUUGUGUCAAGAAUGACUUCUGCUCCUCCAUCCAUCCCCCUUCCCUCCCAGCCAGGGAGCCCGCUUGUGAGCGCUCUGCUUCUGCCCUUCCCCAUCCGUGCCUCUCUGCUUUCCUCCGACCUCUUUUUGCCAUGCAAAGGGAAUUCUCGAAAUUAAAUAAAAGGUGUCCAGAUUGCAGACUGCAUGUUCGCAAGGCCGGAGGGCUCUCCAGCGUGGCUUCGUACAGUAAACCCUCAAUGAACUGGAAUCCAACCAACUGGGAUUUUUUUUUUUUUCCUUUAUCCUGCUUUCGGAAGGAGGCAAAUGAGAAGAAGAUGACAUGUUAACUAUAAAAAAGCUCAGUGGAGUUUUCUUUAGAGCAGAAAGGGACCCUGUAGUCCAUUGUGUUGGUUGGGAGGUGGCAGUAUUCUGCUUUUCAAAAGCACAUGCAGAAAAUCAACAUUUCGUAACCUAAGUCAUGGGAAGCAAGACCAACACGGGUUUUUUUGCUUGGUUUUGAUUUUGGUGUUUUUCCCCCUUUGGCUGCUGAGAGUAUGAAGGAGGGGAGAAAGCCCUGUUGAGACAGGCGUUUGAAAGGUUUAGCACGUAGCUUGAGUCUGUCCCUUUACCUUCAAGGAGCUGAUUCCCAAAGAGGUUUUGCGACCGGACGAGUGAGAGCAAAGGCUGUUUCUGGUUUCUUGCGCCCCAGUCUGGUAGGUCCCACUGCACCAAGUGCCCCUCAGCCAUGCGACAAGUCAACCCAGCCGCCAGCACCAGCCUGGGCCGGGGUGGGGGUGGGGGUGUCCUCCUCGAGUGACCCCUCCCCCCAGGGCUGAUCAGAGCCACCAGGCAGCCAGGAUCCUUGGUGUGGACCCUGCAGUCCCCUUACUGAAGCUGGACCACGGCCCUGCUUUGGGGUGGAUUUUUAUUUUCCUUCUGAUGAUGUGUUAAUUAAAAGUAACUAUUUUAAUGAAAAGA